AUGAAAAGUCCGUGCGGCAAUAAGCGUACAAAAGCCCUAGAUGUUCUGGAUAAGCAUAUUAGUCACAAAAGGAAAAGGCAGAAAGCUAGUUUGCACGGUACGAGGUCAAUGCUCAACUCGAUAACUGAUUUAACAUGUUUACCGGCACCCAAUGAAGCAGUGAUUCAACAUACUACCCCUUCACCACGCGUAAUUAGGACAGUGUACUCUUCUCCAAGUGGCAGCGAGACGGCAUCACGCAGUCCAAGAAGUGAUAGGGACCUCACAUCUCCUAUGAGAAAGACAGUUGCAUUUUCAGAUAAAUUAGAAUCUUCUCCACCUGAAAUUGAAAUCAAUUCAAGUCCUCAGCGCUCAUCAACGUUCAAGCCUGCCAAAUCGAUUUUGAAAUAUUCACGCUUAUCAACUACCAAACAACUUCCUGAUGUGUCAAACAGCCCAAGUUGCUUAACAAGAUUCAAAGCUUCCUCACGUAGUUUUAUUGCGGUAGAAGCUGCAAACGCAGAGAUUAAUCCGUACCAAUUGGAGUACUGGGUCCCGGGAGAAGUUCACAGUCUAAAAGAUAUCAACAAUAUAAAUGAAUUCAAGAGUAUAAUUGAAGGAGGGCUACAACUCUUAAAUGUGAACAGGACUGAAAAUAAAAAUCGACAUUUCGAGAUAUACGCAACUUUCAACAACAUAAUCCCCAUAGUUACAGUAGCGAAUAACUCAGAAAUCAAUAAUAAGAAAAUUGGUAUUAUUAUUGACAAUUUAAACAGUUUACUUCGACUCAGCAUAUCCCACUUGGGAGAUGUACAAUACGUGCUUUUAAAAGCACUUAAAAAAGAUCCAUUCGUGUCAAGACUUUAUGUGCAAAUUGUUCGAUUUUUAAGUGCAUUGCUAUCUAAUUUUAAGGUCGUCAAAUCAUCAGAAAAUAGCCCAGAAAAGCAAGAAACGUUCAGGAGAGUACUGCAACAUUCAAUUGAGGUCUUGAACCACGAAAAUUCUAAUAAAGUGAUGAUAGCAGCCCAAAUUGCUUUACUUAGAGAAGAGAAAUAUGGACCUCUCUACCUGCAUUCUGAACAGGCAACAGAAAUAAUCAAUGCUUUGCACGAUAUGAAAGAAAUCAAUAGUACAAAUUUAACUUGCGAAAAAUUACUGCUGUUAAAGAGUUUUUUGGCCAAAUACCCUACGCUGAUGUUGAAAAAUAUCGACAAGUGGCUGUUGACAGAAAUAUUAUCAAGGCUUCUCAUUGAAGAAGAGUUGUACUCUAUGAAAAUUGCUGCAACAUGCAUUUCAGUCUUGUUAGAUGUUUCCAAGAAAAGUUUGGACGAGGUUUCUUGUAUAAAUUACGUUCGUCAAAUUAGCAAGAAAAAAGCGAUCGAAGAAAUCCCCCAGAAGUUCCUAUCAAAAUUAAAGGAUUGCGACGACAAAGUCCACUUCAGCAAGUCAACAUUGAGUGAUCUUCUAAUUACCAGAAUCAAAUACUUUGCCCUGGAAAAGAAAGAAUACAAACUAGCCAUGGACUUCUGGCUAGCAAUGAUAGGCUUAAUUUUUAAUACAAGAGAUGGACUACAGGAACUUACUGAAAAUGAAAAUGAAAAGUGGUGGGAUACUCACAUAUGCUGUCUCAACACCAAUGAUCCUGUAGCUCAAAGUAUGGCCUUAAAAUCGUGGAGAAUUGUGGCUUUUGUUUUCAUCUCAAAUAUUACAGCAAACACGCAUAAUAUCUCUGAACUCAUGAAGCUUCUCCUACUUCCCCUUCGAAAAAUAGAAACGAAGAAUGUACAUCCUCAGGUUACGGAAUCAAUCAUGUAUAUCAUACCAAGACUGCUUUGCAUUACGUGCUGUGACACAAAACCAGUUUCUUACGCGAAUUUUAAUUAUUACCUGGAAGGAUUGAUAAUACCGUUGUACAAUGAUUUGGUUUUCAAAACUAACAGUCUAAAAAUUUACGAACUUAGCCAAAUGGUUCUUUUUCGACUGCUUAAAGAAUGUGCGGAGGAAAAAUCGAAUAUUAAUAGGAAUUUCAAUAGAUUAAAAAUUGCUGCUUCUACAGGGGUGACACUGAAUGAUAUCAAAGCUCUGCCACAGGAAGCUGUCAAUAAUAAUUGGAAUGCUUUGCGAGAUUUAGCGCUUAAUUCUUUUGAUCAUUCCUUAGUGAAGAACGCCUCUUUAACUAUUUCUAUCAUCAAUGCUCUCAUCGAAAGGUUACCUAUCCAGUGUAGAACUUAUGGCGAACUAGAAAAAUGCAUUGAAAUUCAAGUACAUUUAUUAAAUGAAAUUGAGGAAAAUCUUAAUGACUCGUUGGUUGGAUGUUUAUGCGUUGCAAUGAAGUCAUUGGGUGAAUUAAUGUCUUGUGAUUAUAAGUCUGCAGCCGGCUACUUUACUCGAAUUUUGCCAUUUCUAGAAAAGGGCUCUGUUGAUUAUUCUUACGUUGUUAAGAAUGUCCAAGAAAACUCCCGUGAUGCUGUUUCAGAGUUUCUACUGUACGAAUGGUUUUCCAGGUUUGGUGGUAGGCAGCUUAAAAGAUAUGUUGUCAAUUUGGUUGGAUCCAAAUUACUGUCCCCUAAAAUUUCGGAGGAUGCUUUUGAAAGCUUGCUUAAUAUAAUAAAUAUUGAGCCCAGCCCUGAUAUUAUCGACAAUGUUUUGGACCUGUGCACAAAAAUUCAGUUUCAAGUGAAUAUGUUCACAAAAUUAGACAUUAUGUCCUGGAAUGAUGAUGCAAUCGUGUACUUUGUGAAGUCCUACACGCAGAGAAAUAACGGGCUUUUGGAAGCUAAUUUAUAUGACAUUAUGUCCAAGUGCGUGUCUACCAAGGAAAAUGUUUUUAUCAUGCUUUGCCCUCUUUUACUUGAAUCUGGCAAGUGUGAAAUUGUAAAGAAAGCUAUUGAAGAGAAACCAAAGCUGCUCGAAGUCUUAAUCUCAACCAAUGACCCAUCAUUUCUGAAAUUUCUUCCUCAAGAAAUUACGAGAGUAUCGUUACAGCAUCUCGAUGCCUAUAGUCAUGAAUUAAAAAUAGCCCUCCUUCAAGUAGCAGUUAGUUGUGGUGACUUUGAAGCAGUUUUUGAGUCUUAUGCCAAAAUUGAAAAGGUGUUUCUCGAGACAACAAAAUCUCCUGUAGAUAUUUUCCGCCACGCCAAAAAUAUCAUGAAUGAACUAUUACAUGGCUCCAUGAAGGGCGCUAUGUGGAAUCUCUUCAAUUGUCUUAUCAAAACAUGCAUAAAGAAUGAAGACAUAGAGGAUUUUGUAAACAUUCUGGAGCAUAACAAGAACAUUCUUUACGAGCACAUAGGGCCUGACAACUUAUCAUCAAUGGUGAACAGAUGCGGAAAGCUGAAUCCUGAACUCAUAAAGACGGUAAAGUCAUGCUUCAAAGAUAAAGACACUAGUUUUAAUUUCGAACUUAUAAGAUGUUUUAUUGAAAGAAAGAAGUUUCAAAUAUUCUCUAUUUGUCGCAAUGAUUUCUUGGACUUCAUCUUCGAUCCUAAUUCCAAAUUCCUCGAAGAAGACAAAUCAAAAGCAGUGACAUAUUUUAGUGAGGUCUCUGAAUACGUUGUUCCGCAAAACAAAAAGUUGAUGGCAGAGCUCAUGCGUGUCCUGAGUGCAUAUUUACCACCCAAGGAUGAAAACUUCACUUAUGAGCUUUUAUCUUUCGUCUGUUUCAAUCCACGAUUUAAUUUGAAGGGAUAUCGAGGGUUAAUCAAAGAUAUUAAUGACUGGAAAAAUACACGACGUCUCGACUCAAAUGGAUCACGAGAGGGGAGAAAGUGCUUACAGUAUCAUUUUUACACACUAACAAAAAGCAAGAGCCCCUCACCGAAUAGUACUGCAUCCCUGCACGAUGAAACUAAAAAGAAAGAGGAAUCAUUGAAUCACGUCAAUCCUCGAAUUGCGAAUUGUGAUAAUGAAGUAACAAAAGUUUCAACCGAAGAAAACAAUAACGUCAUGACACGAGAGGCUGACUCGACUUAUUUAAUUGAAGACGGUAUCGCGUGCAUUGAGAACACUACUACACAAAGAAAUGAGUCUACUCGUCACUUGUCAGUAGAUCCAUCACUAUCUGAUUGCACUGAAAAUGGAAUGAACGGUCAUGCUAGUUCUACAAUUAUGGCUGAUGAAUGUAAUGUGCUGGAAACUGGAAAUAACGAGCGAAAACUAACAGGCCCUACUUUGACUGAAAUGCGUACCGUGACCAAAGAAGGUGUAACGACAGAGGGUUCCAAUUUACAUGAGCUUGAAAAAGCGGUCGCCAAUAAUUCACUCGUAUCCAGGAAUCCUUUUGGUGGUGAACAGUUGGAUAAUACACCAAUGCCAAACAUCUCAACCACAUGCCUUAACCAAAUCUCACCAGAGCCAGCCUCCGUAAUAGGCAAAGAAAAUCACGACGACUUUUACUCAAAAGUUAGCAAUUAUCGUGGAGAAUCCACGGAGCAUGCUCUAUGUGGGAAUAAUGUUAGACAAAACACUGCCAGUUGCACGAAUGGAAUUUCUAACAAGUUAGGAAGAACUGAAAUUAACUCAAAACUACCGUCAGUAUUAGGCAACGAUCAAAAUUCAGAUGCUUCCGAUACCGAGAAUAUCAAUUUCGGCAUUUCAGAAGAUAACAGAGAAAGAAAGCAAGAAAGUUGUUCAAUAAAUAAUAAUGGAGAAAACAAGAGAGGAAAAACUUCAAGUGAAAUUCAUUUUGAGAAUAGCAUGCAGAAUUAUGACACACAGGCCGGUAAACUACCCGAUCGCUCCACUAAAUUUGACCAAGCAAUAUCCCACCAUGGAUCUGACGCUGUAAAAGUAAUCCUUGAAGACAAUAUCGAAAGUCCUCUUUCAAGGACUCUGGGAGCCAGCUCAGAACCCUGUAUGGAGAGUGCUGACGGUUCCGUUCACGAAAGUAAGGGCACGUUCCAGGUUAGUAGAAGCCGCAUGCACAAAAUGAAUGACUGCAAUGAUGAUGACAGUAGUGUUUCGCAUUCAUUAAUCAAAGAUGCUGGCGAGGCAGAAGUUGCAGAUCCAAAAGGUGACAAUGUUGAGACGAAAGGCAAGCCUAGGAGAAAAGUAAGUACUACUGAUUGUCUUCGCAUUCCUAUUUUCAACUCCUUGAAGGUAGCCUAUGUGACCAAAAAACAGAAUCUCAAACAUGCUCAAGAUGAAAUUAAUGCAGAAAAUGGCGAAAUAAAAACAUUAGACAAAAUUCCAAAAAACGACGAUCUCAAAAAGUUCCCUUUGAUCGAGGCUACAAACCUAGGACAAGUUCAGUCGACUAAAGUAAAAACCUCAGCAACAUUGGACGAUGAAACGGGGAAAAAAGGAUUUGCUAAAUUGACGUUUUCAACUGCUCAAAGCCGAGAUAUGGUGAAUUUGUUUGACAAAAAGUCAUGCGCACUGAUAAAAGAGCUCAAAUCAUACUCUGAAGAGGAUAUACGACAGUUUAGCGAUGAGGAAAAAAAAUCAGUCAGAAUGGAAUUGUUAGAAUUCAUGCUACGACUGGAAAGAAAUAUGUGA